AAGCGAAGGAACAUAUCGCUGCACUUCUCAGUAUACUAUAGCAUCUUCGUUGUGUCUCUGAAACAGUGAGGUCUUUCGGUAUGGCCAGCAGAAUUUUUGUACAAUUUGGCAGUCUAAUGGUGCUGUUAGUGUCGUUGUCACACGUGCGGUGCAUCGCGAUUCUCGAUUUCCCGAACUUUCAAACGUUAGAGUUUGGAACUUACAAUGCCAACGAUUCGAUUUGUUUCUACAAGACACUGCAGUCAGGAAAAACAAGUCCUCGUGUUUUGAAUUUCAAUAAUCCAACCGGACAGCCCAUUAAUUAUAUAAAAAUUCAACAAGCUCCCCGGAAUCGGCUAUCUGGUAUACUAGCAACAAUUGAGCAUGGAGGCAUCAGCUCUUCGUCAGUCACUUUAAUGAUCCAAGCAUCUUUCAACCAGUUUUAUUUUGCCGCCCCUGUCAUAACGCAAAUGAUGUGUACGCCUCCAGUAGCAACUACAACUAUGGCCACAACAACGACCUUGAGCCAAACUACUACUACCUCUCGGGUCGGGUCAUCAACAGUAACUACACCCGCAUCUGGAAGCACAACGACCACGGCAAGGUCUACUACAACGACCACUGCGGGUUCUACCUCAACGUCCUUGGGUUCUACAACAUCAACAACAGCUGCUAGUACCACAACUAUCGCAGGCUCAACAACUUCAACUACGCCGAGAACUACUUCGACGACCGCUAGUACAACAACUUCCACAACAGAUGCUAGCACAACGACUACUGGAGCUUCUACCACCAGAUCAACAACAGCCGCUAGUACAACUACUGGUGGUUCUACUACAACAACCGAAGCCUCAACAACUUCAACUACGCCCAGUAGUACUUCAACAUCCAGUGCAGAUUCAACAACUUCCACAAGCGAUGCUAGUACAACGACUACUGAAGCUUCUACCACAACAUCGACAACCGCUGCUAGUACGACUACUGAUGGUGCUACCACAACAACCGAAGGUUCAACAACUUCCACAACCGAUGCUAGUACAACUGCUACUGAAGCUUCUACGAUAACAACCGCUGCUGGUUAAACAACUUCUACAACAUCUGCAAAUACAACGACUGCUACUGCGUCACGACGACUACUUCGACACAGUCCUCUGUACCACCUCUAGGAUAAAGAAUAUUAUUCAGUAAUCGAACAUGAUGGUAAUAAAUAAAAUUUCAUGGAGAUCAUGAUUUAAAUACAAGACGUAUGCAUUUGAAAGAAAAUUUACUAAAAGUAAUGAUUAGAAACUUGGAACUUCCCCAACUUAAUGAAUCAACCAGUUCAUUAUGGCGGAGAUAGUGGAAAAUUUUUAUUUUCUAUUAUUUAUAUUUUUUUCUUUCCGAGAAAAAUAUACGCUCUGCUGAAAAAUAUUUCCUUCUUUUUUAAGUUAAAAAAUUAAUUGUCUUAAAAGCUCUUAUUUUUAAUCUACUUUUUUUAUAAAAGUAAAACAAAUU